AUGGCAGAUCGAUUAUCGCAACUCCAGACCUGUCUGGACCAGCUCACAAUACAAAUGUACUCUUCCCUUAUGUAUAUUAACACACGUGCUCCGUACCGAGCGAUAGAUGGUCAGCCAGACUGGGAUCCUCUGAAAGAAGACGAAUAUGCGAAACAAGACACCCAAACACAGUCUCAGACAAAGUUGUCCAAAGAUCCGGACUCGGCAGAAUAUGAUCCAGAGAAGCCGCACCCUCCAGAAUACUUUUACGCUUCAAUGCGAGAGCUGUCGAGAGAUCUUGUUACGAAACAGCAGCAGAUCGACUUUCUGAUAGAUGUGCUCCCUGGUAUUGGACAGAGCGAGCAACAGCAGAAGAAGAGGCUUGAAGAAUUGGAACAGCAGCUAGUAGCAAUGGAAGAAGAUCGGUUGGCAUCUCUGAAAGAGAAGGAUAGACUAUUGGAGAAGCUGGAUGAGGUUGUCUCCAAAGUCAAGCGGAUCUGA